AUGAGGUUUCGAGACUUUUUGGCCAAUGUUGGAGAUCUUGCUGAUCGUGCCCGCUUGUUGCCAGACUCCAGUAUUCCCGGAGAUCGCGACACAAUUCGCCACGAUCUUGGCACCUUGGCAGGGUGUGAGCAAUUGCUGAUUGGACGCCGCUUUAUUGAUCAGCUCCGCGCACCGAAAAGACCAUCUGGAAGGGCAGCCUCCGUUCUAUCCGGCCCACGAACAGCUGAAGAAGAAGAAGAAGAAGCGCAGGCAUUUGGCCACCCAUCCGAUGAAACUGAGCGUGAUGAUGCUGAAGAUGGCUUUGACUUGGAGGAAGAGUUGGCUGCAAUUGACAAGAUCGAUGAGGAGGAAUUGGGCCUAGAUGAUGACGAGGAGGCGCCUGAGGAUCUCGAAGACGAUGAAGUCCCGACAGGCCUCGUAGCUGGAGUAGCGUUGCUGUUCGCAAGUGCUCGUGAUGAGAUGAUUUCAGCAGUCAACUCCUUGCCACUUAAAGGGCGGAUGGUCCACAAGCGAGUCGUGGUGGCCAAGCUGCGAAAGUCCGCCCAGGAUGCCGCUGGAAGUGUCAACAUGAAGAGGUUGCCAGAUGUCAUGAAGAAGCUCGCUGGUCGGACCCCACAACACGUGACCUGCAAGGGCAAAGAUUCAGAAUUCGCAGCUGUUUGCUUUCCGCCGGAAAUUGUCAAGGAGCUUGACCUGCCCGGGCCUGCGAUUGCCAAGCCUCCUACACUGGAUGGUGCCACGCCUUCCGCAAGCAUCUCUCACUCGUUUAGUAUGGGGGCUUUCUUCAUCGAUUUCGAUGGUGAUUUGGUGGCUCGGCCCAGCUCCCCGUACCAACUCAGUUUCUUCCUUCCAGAGCGGAGCACAUCAUCUGAAGAGGAACGACAACAGCAAAUCCGCGGGGUACUGGAAGCCCGAAAUCCCGUUGGCUUCCCAUGUCAUGUCAAUGCGGGCGACGACUUUUUUCUGCACUGCAGCGAGCAUGCAACUUCUUGGUUCCAGGAAGUUCAGUCCGGGUAA